ACCACUCCCCCUGCUACUGCGGUCAUCUCUGGCUCCAGCUGACCCACAAUGGCCACGUCUCCAGUCAAAGACUUCCUAGUUGGCUAUUUAAUGCCAGAAAAAUGCUAUGAGGAGAUUUUUGUCAACUUUCACGUGCACGUGCCCUGCCUAAAGUUUGUACUGAACAAAAUAGUUGGAUUAUGGAUCAUACUGGACACAUUCCUCGCACAGCUGCCUCAGCUGCUGAAGAUACUGUGGAGAGGAGAUGCAGAGGGCCUCAGUGUGACAUCUGGCCUUCUUCAGCUUUAUGCUUUCUCAUGUCCUGUUGUCUUUGCCAAAGCCAACAACUUCCCAUUUUUUGCAUGGGCUGAGAGGCUCGUCACAUUGGCUCAGACAUCAGCAAUCAUCUUCCUCAUCUUGUAUUAUCGUAGCGAGACCCUUAAAGGAUUGCUCCUCCUAUCAGGUUUUGGUGGUGGAAUGUUCCUCCUGGCCUCCUACGCAGCUGCUGCGGUCAUCUCAGUGAUGCACACUUCCAGUUGGGUAGCUUUAAUAGCAAGCAAGGCUGUCCAGGCAGCAACUAACUACCGCAAUAGUCACACAGGUCAGCUGUCCACGCUGUCAACGUUACUGACAUGGACAGGAUCUCUGGGUGUUGCCAUUGUUUCUGUACAGGAAACUGGAGGCUCUCUUACUAGUGUGCCACACAUACUGUCUGCAUGUCUCAGCUUUGUCCUGCUGGUCCAGGUCCUCAGCUACACAAGCAGCACUGCUGUUGCUGCAAAGAAGCAAGAUUAAUAGUGGAAGACAGGGAACAUUGUGUUUCUGUACAAGCACUAGGCUUGUCAAGUACAUCAUCAAAGUACUAACAUGUCUGAAUGCUGCUCCAUUAUAUUUUUAACUAAACCAUGUACUGUAUUUGUAAAUGAGAACUUUUUUCGUGCUGCUUUGCAACUUGUAUGUCUGCAGUUAGUUUACCACUAUUGUAAAGAAAUAAAAAUCUAGUGAU